AUGCGGGCCGACUUCCUUCUUCCACCAUUGCUUGGUGUGAUUGCCUUGCUUGCUUGGCCUGUGUCGGUCGCAUCCUCUCUCACCUACUGUUCUUCGGUAAAUACAGGCUCCUCGCAAGCAGCAAACGAAAGUACCUACCAGUCCAAUGGUCUUUGCGAGGACCACUGCAGCAACUAUGCGUUUGGUAUUCUUCAGGGAUACGACUGCUGGUGCUCGAACAUUGUUCCCAAUGAAGCGACCAACGUGAACACUUCGCAGUGUAGCCAGGAUUGUCCUGGUUACCCCGAUGAUAGCUGUGGAAGUACUUCAAAGGGCCUUUACGGUUACGUUGAGAUCGUUGGACAUCAGCCGUCCGGAACAGCAACCGUCUCUACGACAUCGACAUCGUCAACCUCGCCUUCCAUGGCUGAACGUUUCCCGUAUGGUCCGUUGCCUUGCACAGCGAACGAGUCUGUUGACAGUGUUGCUAUCAACUGUGCCAUAGCUGCUUCGGUCGCUGAAACUUCUUCAUCAUCUGAAACUACUGCUGCUACGACGACGGGAGAAUCUGUUGCAGUCACAACCGACUCUGGGGUGGUCAAAACGGUCACAAUUCCCGCUGCCACAAAAGCAACUUCAACGUCUGCAGCGGACAACCUUUCAUCCGCAAAGAGUAGCGACAACUCUGGUAUGAGCUCAGGAACCAUCGCUGGUGUUGUGGUAGGCUCUGUCGGUGGUGCCCUCGCCAUCCUAGCCUUGAUAUUCGUGUUGUUCUUCGCGAAACGCAAAUCGCGGUCGAACAGCCCAGAUCCAAGUGUACAGUCCAUCCUGCUGGAUGGAAGACAAAGCAAAGGCUCACAGAUGAGUUUUAUGAAGGGCAUGUUUUCCGACAAUCAUAGUCAUACCUUGUCUGCCGGGUCCGCUGCCAGCCGCUUGCCGACGUUUACGGACAACCGCAUGAAAACCGAUACCGUUCUCUACGCGAAUGGCCGCCGAGAUAGCGAUGUCUCACUCCAGGAUAAUGAAGAUUAUUCUCGGCCUGUGUUGCGGCUCACAAACCCCGAUUAACGGUUGGGUGUCGCAGAACCCUAUCUCUUCGUGUUUUGCAUUUACAUCUCCUAUGUAUUUCGAUUUGCGUGUUUCGGCGAAAACAGCGGUGUUAUGAUACCCAUUUGUCACAUAAUCCUUGACUUCCUUUUCAUUCGACUACAGGAGAGACGAUGGACUCGACAGCCCCACCCCUCCGAGAAAAACCCCCACCUCCGGUGUUUCGAUCAUCACGAUGUCUACGCGUCAUGCAUCCUCACGGUGGUGCGUUGGGUAGAGGGGCGGGGAAGCUAAAAAGCAUUUAAAACGGACCCUCAUUCGCCUUUCGGAGGCGGAAAAACAUAGCCGCC